CAAACUUGCCCGUUCUGAUAUCUAAAUUUCUCGUGAAAAGCUGAAAAUUCUCCGCGCCGGCUCUCGCGCUCUGUUACUCCAAAACCUACCAUCACAAGGAAGGAGAUGUGGGCACAAUGCUCGCAGCGGGAGCUGUCGUCGACAGCCGCCGCCGCGACGUCCAACCAAGUGAUUGAAGUGGCUUCCCUUCUUGACGCUCGCGUGACCUCAGUGUCAUCGUCCAAAUCCGAGUCCAGUUCCAGAUGCACCAUUCCGCCUCGAUGGUACAAACUCACGCGAUUCCUGAUGGGAGUCACGAUUGCAGGAGUUGCCGUCGUCGCCGGGUUUAAGAUUUACUUCAUGCUUGCGCCGUUUCCCCGCGACGUCGUGUUUCAUCCAUCGCUGAACAACAUCGUGAUGCCCGUGGAUCGCGUGUCGUCGUUGUGGCGCCCGGAUGAGUUUCAAUGCCUCGGGUGGCGCGCAGUUGAAGGUUGCGACCCCACUGGCGCCAGAAAGCCUUGGAACGACCAUAACUGCAACGAACCCAUCAAGCGCGGUAUGGCAGGAUUCUGCGAAGUCCGCAACCGUACCAGCGGGGAAGUGUUCCGCGUUAUGGCGACUACUUGCCGAGGCAUCGACGACCACCACGAAUACACGUGUAACAUGGCGACAGAGUUUACAGACUUCUCCAUCAAGGCGGUGAACUACCGCCAUAACGAGCCUCUUGUUGUGUCUUCCUUGACCGAUGCGCCGACUCGCGGCAUCGCCAUGUCAGUCUACACCCCCGUCCUCGCCAGCGCGUAUGCCGUGAUUCGAUCGCUACGCGCUAUGAAGUGUGUGCUGCCCAUCGAGCUGUUCUACCACCCGGGCGAAAUCGACUUGACCAAUCCCGUCGUGGUCGAACUCACGGGAAAGUACAACUGCAACUUGCGCCCGAUCUUGAACAAGGCGGCCAAGAAGUUCAAGUCCAAGCCUUAUGCGAUCUACCACAGCGCAUUUGACCAAGUGCUGUUCCUAGACUCGGACAACUUUCCGACGCGGGACCCGACGUUCCUCUUUGACGCGCCCGAGUUCCUUGACACGGGCGCGGUGUUCUGGCCCGACUUUUGGCAGCCCGACUACUCGAUCUUCAACGUCAACUCGCAGAGUUUGCUGUGGCAGCUGCUGGACAUGGCUCCGUUUGGCGACUUCGAGCAGGAAAGCGGCCAGCUGCUGGUCGACCGCCGCCGCGCCCCCGCCGCGUUGGACAAGCUCAUGUUCUACACGAUGGAAGGCCGUCUCUUGGAGAAGCUCGAACUCGUGUGGGGGGACAAGGACCUGUUCCGGUUUGCAUGGCACAACACGAGCACCCCGUUCCACUUCAUCGAGACCCCGCCGGCCCUCGGGGGUCGCUACGACGCCGUCGACGAUCGGUUCUGCGGUGUGGCCAUGAUGCAGUUCGACCCGCAAGGCGACAUCCUGUUUAUCCACCGCAACACGUACAAGAUGACUGGACGGCAGGAGCAAGUGCCGCUCUUGACGCACAUGCAAGUGUUCAAUGCAACGACGCGCGCCGCGUACGAGGUCCAUCACACGGGCGCCGGCGUCGGGCUCGGCAUCUGCUGGGCGCUCAAGGACGACGUGCCUAGCUACAUCGUGGCGAUGAAGGACACUGCCGCCGCGCACGUGGAAAGCCACGCGCUGCAUCAUGCGAUGGAAGCGGGCAUCACCAUGGGCAUCGAGCCAGAGAUCGUACACCGCGUAGAAGCGACGUCGUGGUGGCGGUCGCCACUCGAGUGGCUGGUGUGCCUCAUGCUGUGGGGCGGCGUCGCCACCAUCCUCCUCGCGGCGCUGCAUUGGGUGUCGUUCCGAUCUGUGUUUGGCGACAAGAAGCUGCACUGGUUUGACCGGUAUGCUGGCAAGAAGCGAAAGCUAUCGGAGUACCCGAUUGUGUAACCUACUAUGACGACGACUUUGACCUCAAACACAGUUGGUCGACACUAUUUAAUACGAUAUAUCACGUUUGUUACUUGAACCACA